UUUCAUUCCCACUGAAGCCAUUGGAGAAGAAGCUUCUGAAACGGGGAAAAAAAGAAUAUAAGAUUUAAUUUCAGAUCUCACAUCAUAAACCCCAGAACUCAGACAGAGUAUUGGAGCCACGUGAUCUGAUCAGGAAAUUUGGAGUGAUGGAACAUUUUGUUCAAUUAGUUGUAUUAUGAAGUCUUGAUAUUUGAUCAAUAUUGGUGGGAAAGCAUGAACAUCGUAAAGGGUGUUGCUGACCUCAUUCGGAGAACAUCAGGUGGCUCCACCGGGGAGUCCUCUUCGGGGAUACAACAUGAGAGGUUCUCUCCUCCUCCUCCGAAGAUCCGCUACAGUGAAGUAGGUGAUCAGGCAGUACUAAAUACUCUUUGGGAGAGAUAUGAGAGCAUUACUGAUAAGGUGGAAAAGAGAAAGUUGUUUCAUGUUUUUCUCAAGCAAUUUCUUAUUGUAUUCAAGAACUGGGAACCAGUUGGUGGUCAUCAGUUGUCAGAGGCUUCUUCAACAACUGUUCAACCUGCAGAGGAUUUGUUACAUUAUGAUGAUAUAGUUGUUGGGUGCUCAGCUGGACAUCCUGCUGAACUCAUUUUGACAUUAAUUGAAGAGAUCACACGAUUGACUACGUUUGUCACUGAGAACUUACGAGAGUCUUCCACAAGCUUGACCAGCACUUCUGAAGCUUUUCUUGUCUUGGAUGCUUUGAAUAUUGUUAUCCUUUCGAUGCAUAAUUGCAGAGUUUUUGGCUACUAUGGUGGGAUUCACAAACUUACAGCGUUGAUGAAAGGGGUUGUUAUUCAACUCAAAACAAUAGCUGGUGCACUUUCUGCCGAUGAAAGUUUUUCUAAUUUUACAGUAGAGAAGACUAGACUUUUACAGAAAAUACUUGUCUAUGUGGUGUCAAUAAUGUGUAGCUUCAUUGAUUUGAAUUCAAAUGUAAAUGAGAAGGCGCAGUUGUAUAAUAAUACCAUAGAGUUUUCUGUUCCAAGGCAAGGUGUUUCUUCAAGUGAUUCUUCUACUAAUUUGGAGGUUCCUUUUUCUGAAACAAGGCUAAAUUGGCAUAAGAAAGCUGUUGUGUCAUUGAUGGAAGCUGGGGGCCUUAAUUGGUUAGUAGAGCUAUUGCGUGUCAUCAGAAGGCUGAGUAUGAAAGAACUGUGGAUAGAUAUAUCACUCCAGUGCUUGACUUUGAGAACCCUUCGUUUAGCUUUAUCAGAGAACCCAAGGGGUCAAAAUCAUUUUAAAAGCAUUGGAGGGCUUGAAGUUCUAUUGGAUGGCCUUGGAGUACCAUCCACUAAUGUUCUACUAAUGGAAAAUGACACUCAUGUGGAUAUGAAAAGAGGUGAAAAUCCUUUGCCACAAAUUUUGCAGCUCCAUGUUCUUUCUCUGGAAGUUCUUAGAGAUGCAGUCUUUGGGAAUUUGAACAAUUUGCAGUUUCUUUGUGAAAAUGGAAGAGUUCAUAAAUUUGCAAAUAGUUUUUGUUCACCUGCUUUCAUGGUGCAAGAGUACAAGCAGCAGAGAAAGGACUUGCAUGUUCAAGAUGAUUUUCCGAUGUCUGAUUUUGACUUGAUGAACGUGAGAAGGCGCAUAACAGAGCCUUCUGUUCGACUUUCAGAAAAUGCUUCUUAUUCUCAGCUUUGGAGUGAUUAUGUUGUCAAGUUGAGCAGAGUUCUUUGUUCUUUCCUCGCAACAGAUGAUGUUAAAUCUCAUCAUGGCCAAGGAACCACUAGUCGUGUUGGCAUACUUGUUUCUUCAGUCUAUGGUGACCUUUCAAUUAAAUGGGUCAUGAGGGUUCUUCUUACAGUUUUUCCAUGCAUCAAGGCUUGUUCAAAUGAAAAUGAGUUGCCAAGUCAUUUAAGGAUCUUUGUCACUACUAUGCAGCACUGUCUUCUUAAUGCAUUUCGGAGAGUUCUUGUUUCGUUUCCUGCUUCACUAGAAGUAUUUCGGGAAGAGGGAAUAUGGGAUCUUAUCUUCUCUGAGAAUUUUUUCUAUUUUGUGCCGGCUUUAGAGGAAUUUUCUAAAGAGUGUUGCUCAUAUAGUGAUGGGUAUUCUACCUCCAAUAGUUCAUACAGUCACGCAAGGUCUAGUGGAGUUGAAGUUCUUCAAAUGGAAAUAAUUUCAUUGGUUGAAUUUGCUGCAACUUCUAUCGGGGUUGUGCAUAACUUGCCCGAAUCUUCUGCUUUAUUAGAUGCCCUUGAACAAUCUGCAUAUAAUCCUGAGAUUGCUGGUGUUCUUGCAAAGAGUCUGCUUCGCAUAUUACAGCUUUCAGCCGAGAAAACUAUCUCUUCUUUUAAAACUCUUGAUGCAGUUCCCCGGGUGCUUAAAGUUGCUUGCAUCCAGGCUGAAGAAUCUAGGAGGUCUGGCAAUAGAAGUCCUUCUGUUCAUAGUUAUCAGAUAUCUGAUUCCUGUGAGACAGCCCAGAGCUGGCAUCAAUGCAUGGAAGCGUGCAUGGACCUCUUUAUGGAGUUCUGGUCGAUAGCAGAUGAUGCAAAAAGUUUGGUUUUGCAUAAUUCAUCAUGUAUUGACUGCUUAUUUGAUUUAUUCUGGGAGGAAAGUUUGAGAAAUAAUGUGCUUAAGUAUAUUCUUGACCUCAUGAAGAUUGUGCCAUUGACUGAUGAAGACCGAACAGCAAUGUUGCAAUUAUGUUCAAAGUAUUUAGAAAUGUUUACUCAUAUAAAGGAACGGGAGAAAAGUUUUGCAGCACUGUCAAUUGAUCUAUUGGUUGGAAUGCGAGAUAUGAUCUCUAAUGAUCGAUUGUACUAUCAGGCUUUGUUUCGUGAUGGAGAAUGUUUUUUGCAUGUUGUCUCUUUGCUAAAUGGUAAUCUUGAUGAGGCAAAUGGAGAAAAGUUGGUUUUAAACGUCCUUCAAACACUCACAUGUCUCCUUUCAAGUAGUGAUGCCUCAAAGGCUGCAUUUAGAGCUCUUGUUGGCAAGGGUUAUCAGACAUUGCAAAAUUUACUGCUGGACUUUUGCCAAUGGCGUCCAACCAAAGGGCUUUUAAAUGCUCUGCUAGAUAUGCUUGUUGAUGGAAAGUUCGAUAUUAAGAGAAACCCUCUUGUACAGAAUGAAGAUGUGAUCAUAGUCUAUCUGAGUGUUUUACAGAAGAGCAGUGACUCUUUGCGGCAGUACGGGCUUACCGUGUUUCAGCAAUUGCUCAGGGAUUCCAUUUCUAAUCGAGCUUCAUGUGUCAGAGCUGGAAUGCUUCACUUUCUUCUUGAUUGGUUUCCUCAAGAAGAUAAUGAUAACAUCAUUUUGCAAAUUGCCCAAUUGAUCCAGGUCAUAGGUGGGCAUAGCAUAUCUGGGAAGGAUAUCCGCAAAAUAUUUGCACUCCUCCGAAGUGAGAAAAUAGGCAUGCAGCAAGGGUAUUGCUCACUAUUGUUGAGCAGUAUUUUGUCGAUGCUAAAUGAGAAGGGGCCAACUGCCUUUUUUGAUCUCAAUGGAAAUGAUUCUGGGAUCAUAAUCAAAACACCUUUGCAGUGGCCUCUCAAUAAGGGUUUCUCAUUUUCUUGUUGGCUUAGGCUGGAAAACUUACCCAGAAGUGGAACCAUGGGCCUUUUUAGUUUUCUUACUGAAAAUGGAAGAGGAUGCUUGGUGGUUCUUGCAAAAGACAAGCUUAUAUAUGAGUCGGUAAAUCUAAAGCGACAGUGUGUUCAGCUGCAUGUUAAUCUAGAGGGAAAGAAAUGGCAUUUUCUUUGUAUAACUCAUAGUGUUGGAAGAGCAUUUUCUGGGGGUAGCCUAUUGAGGUGCUAUGUUGAUGGUGAUCUUGUUUCAUCUGAAAGAUGCAGUUAUGCGAAAGUGAAUGAAUUAUUAACCAGCUGCUCAAUUGGCACAAAACCUAAAAUGGCACAAAAUGAAGGAGAUAAUGCCCCUGACUUUAUACAAGAUUCAUUUCCUUUUCAUGGUCAGAUUGGGCCUGUUUAUUUGUUCAAUGAUGCCAUUUCAUCAGAGCAAGUCAAGGGUAUCUAUUCUCUAGGGCCAAGCUACAUGUACUCAUUCCUAGAUAAUGAAGCUUCACCUUUUUAUGAUAACCCAUUGCCAAGUGGGAUUCUUGAUGCUAAAGAUGGUCUUGCAUCCAAAAUUGUCUUUGGAAUCAAUGCGCAGGCAAGUAGUGGUAGAAAAUUGUUCAAUGUCUCACCAAUAUUGGAUCCUGCAUCAGAUAAGAGUUCAUUUGAAGCAACUGUAAUGGUUGGUACACAGUUAUGUUCCCGUCGCUUGCUUCAACAGAUAAUCUAUUGUGUGGGAGGUGUAUCUGUGUUUUUCCCGCUCAUAGCUCAGUCUGAUAGGUAUGAAAUUGAAGAAAGUGGAUUCUUUGAGCAUACGUUGCUAAUGCCUAUCCCAAAAGAGCGUCUAACAGCUGAGGUUAUUGAGCUUAUAGCAUCUGUAUUAGAAGAUAAUUUAUCAAAUCAACAACAAAUGCAUCUUCUUUCCGGAUUUUCAGUACUGGGGUUUUUGUUUCAAUCAGUUCCACCACAGCAACUCAAUUUAGAAACACUUUCAGCAUUGAAACAUCUAUUUUACGUCAUUUCAAACUGUGGCUUAGCUGAGCUCCUUGUGAAAGAUGUCAUAUCAAGCAUUUUUCUUAAUCCUCUUAUCUGGCUCUACACAGUUUACGAGGUGCAGCGAGAACUGUACAUGUUCCUUAUUCAGCAGUUUGAUAAUGAUCCAAGGUUGCUUAAGAGUCUUUGUAGGCUCCCUCGUGUUAUUGAUAUAAUACACCAAUUUUACUGGGAUACUGCUAAAUCUCGAUUUGCUAUUGGAAGCAAGCCUCUUUUGCAUCCCAUUACCAAACAUGUUAUUGGAGAGAGACCUAGUAGAGAGGAAGUACGUAAAAUUCGUCUUCUUUUAUUAAGUCUUGGUGAAAUGAGCCUGAGGGAGAACAUUGCAGGAGCUGAUAUAAAGGCUCUUAUAGCCUUUUUUGAAACAAGUCAGGAUAUGGCAUGCAUUGAGGAUGUUUUACAUAUGGUUAUUCGUGCUAUUUCUCAAAAACAAGUGCUUGCUUCUUUCCUUGAACAAGUCAAUUUGGUUGGUGGCUGUCAAAUUUUUGUUAAUCUUCUUCAAAGGGAAUAUGAACCUAUCAGAUUGCUCGGCUUACAGUUUCUGGGAAGACUUUUGGUUGGUUUACCGUCUGAGAAGAAGGGUCCAAGGUUUUUCAAUCUUGCUGUUGGAAGAUCCAAAUCUCUUUCAGAAGUCAACAGGAAAACCAAUUUAAGGAUGCAGCCUAUUUUCUCAGCUAUGUCUGAUAAGUUGUUCAGAUUUCAGCAGACUGACAAUUUGUGUGCCACUUUGUUUGAUGUUCUUCUUGGUGGUGCUAGCCCUAAACAGGUGUUGCAAAAAUAUAACCAGGUUGACAGGCAUCGAAGCAAAGGAAAUAACUCCCACUUUUUCCUUCCUCAAAUUUUGGUUUUGAUUUUUAGAUUCUUGUCUGGCUGCAAGGAUGCAUCUGCAAGAAUGAAAAUAAUCGGCGAUCUGCUUGAUCUUCUUGAUUCAAAUCCUUUAAAUAUUGAAGCUCUCAUGGAACAUGGUUGGAAUGCCUGGUUAGCUGCUUCUACAAAGCUUGAGGUGUUAAAAGGCUACAAACCUGAGUCACCUAGCCUAGAUGACAAUGAGAUAAAUGAGCAAACAUUUGUAAGAAGUUUAUUCUGUGUUGUUCUUUGUCACUAUAUGUAUUCUGUAAAAGGUGGCUGGCAACAGUUGGAGGAGACAAUUAAUUUCCUUCUGAUGCACUAUGAGCAAGCGGGCAUCUCAUACUGGUACUUUCUCCGUGAUAUUUAUGAAGACUUGAUUAGGAGGCUGAUAGACUUAUCAUCUGAGGAGAAUAUUUUUAUAUUGCAACCAUGUCGGGACAAUACAUUAUUUCUUCUACGACUUCUUGAUGAGAUGCUAAUCUCUGAUAUUGAUCAGAAACUUCUGUUUCCGGCAAAUAUCUCUGGUUUUUCUCUGGAUUCCUUAGAAAUAGACAGCGUCAAAGAUUUUAGCUCUGUAUUAUAUGAGGUUCUGCAGGGAGAAGCUGAUGGACAAGUAUCUAGGCAGCCAAUCACAAGUGAAGCUAUCAUAGUCGAUCACAAGUGGUGGAAUAUAUAUGAUAAUUUGUGGGUCAUCAUUAGUGAGAUGAACGGGAAGGGACCAAGCAAGAUGCUACCCAAAUCAUCAGCAUUAGUGAUCCCAUCAUUUGGCCAAAGAGCACGUGGCUUGGUAGAAUCGCUGAACAUUCCUGCUGCUGAAAUGGCUGCAGUUGUUGUAUCUGGAGGGAUUGGCAGUGCAUUGGGUGGAAAACCUAACAAAAGCGUGGAUAAAGCAAUGCUUUUGAGAGGAGAGAGGUGCCCAAGAAUUGUAUUUCGACUUGUAGUCCUAUAUCUUUGCCAUGCUUCUUUGGAAAGAGCUUCACGGUGUGUCCAGCAGUUUAUUCCACUUUUGCCUUCUCUUCUUCCUGCCGAUGAUGAGCAAAGCAAGGGCAGAUUGCAAAUUUUUAUUUGGGCUCUGCUUGUGGUCAGAUCCCAGUUUGGUACUUUGGAUGAUGGUUCACGUUUUCAUGUUAUUUCACACUUAAUUCGAGAAACAGUCAAUUGUGGGAAAUCAAUGCUUGCUACUACCAUUAUGGGUAGGGAUGAAUCUGAGUCUGGCAGCAACUUAAAAGAAACAGGCUCCAUUCAGAAUCUAAUUCAGAAGGAUCGAGUGCUUGCAGCAGUUUCUGAUGAGGUAAAAUAUGUAAAGACAUCAAAAUUGGACCGCAACAGGCAAUUGCUUGAGCUUCGUGCUAGGGUGGAUGAAAAUUCCUCUGUAGAAUUAAGUAAUGCAAAAGUAUUUGAAGAUGAGAUACAAAGUGGCUUGAAUACUAUUCUUGCUUCAGAUGAUUGCAGAAGAGCUUCAUUCCAGCUUACUCAUGAGGAGGAGCAGCAAAAUGUCGCUGAAAAAUGGAUACACAUGUUCCGUGCUUUAAUUGAUGAGAGGGGUCCUUGGUCCGCUGAUCCUUUUCCAAAUAGUUCUGUAAUUCACUGGAAAUUGGACAAGACAGAAGAUGCAUGGCGGCGUAGACCCAAGUUACGACAGAAUUAUCAUUUUGAUGAAAAGCUGUGUCAUCCACCAUCCAACAUUCCUACUGAUGAGGCUAAUGUUCCUUUUAAUGAAAACAAAUCCAGCUUUGUUGGGCAUAUCCCUGAGCAAAUGAAGCGGUUUCUACUUAAAGGAAUACGCCGAAUAACUGAUGAAGGGACCUCAGAACCCAGUGAGAGUGAUAUUGAACCAAGUGGGCUGAAGGCUUCUGUCCCAGAGGAUCCCUCAGACAGUCAGUGGUCAGAACAAAUUAAAGGUGGCAGUGAUCCGAAGGACAUUGUUGACAGGAAAGAUUCUUCUUCCUCUUCACCAGAGAUGGAAACUAGCGAGGUUCAUUUAUCGGUUCCAUGUUUUCUGGUAACACCAAAGAGAAAAUUGGCUGGACGUUUGGCAGUCAUGAAGAAAGUUCUACAUUUUUUUGGUGAGUUCUUGGUUGAAGGUACUGGAGGUUCAUCUGUUUUCAAGGACUUCCAUGGUUCUAGCAGUUCUGAUUUAAACAAGCCUGAUCAAAAGCAGAAAUUUUUCAAAUGGCCUGAAUAUUUUGAUUUAAAUUCCGAGAUGGGGCUUCCUACAGAUAAUGCAGAGGCAGAAAACUUGCUUCAGAAACCAUUAAAAAAUGUUAAGCGUCACCGAAGAUGGAAUAUUGGCAAGAUAAGAGCUGUCCACUGGACACGGUAUUUGCUUAGGUACACUGCAAUAGAGGUUUUCUUCAGUGAUUCAGUUGCUCCUAUAUUUUUUAACUUUGCUUCGCAGAAGGAGGCUAAAGAGGUUGGAACCUCGAUAGUUACUCUCAGAAAUGAAAUAGUACUCCCUAAAGGAAGUAAUAGGGACAAGAGUGGAGCUAUCUCAUUUGUGGAUAGGCGUGUAGCACUAGAAUUGGCAGAAAAGGCUAGAGAGAGCUGGAGGAGAAGGGAUAUAACAAACUUUGAAUAUUUGAUGAUUCUUAACACGCUUGCGGGAAGGUCUUAUAAUGACUUAACACAGUAUCCUGUCUUUCCUUGGGUUUUGGCUGACUAUUCCUCAGAAGUUCUUGAUUUUAACAAGUCAUCAACCUUUCGCGAUCUUUCCAAACCUGUAGGAGCAUUGGAUUCAAAGCGGUUUGAGGUGUUUGAAGACAGAUAUCGUAGUUUCUGUGAUCCUGAUAUCCCUAGUUUUUACUAUGGCUCUCAUUACUCGAGCAUGGGGAUUGUGCUUUAUUACCUUCUUAGAUUAGAACCAUUCACAUCUCUCCACCGUAAUUUGCAGGGAGGUAAAUUCGACCAUGCAGAUCGUCUUUUCCAAAGCAUUGAAGGCACAUACAGGAAUUGCCUCUCUAAUACAAGUGAUGUGAAGGAGUUAAUCCCUGAGUUCUUUUACAUUCCAGAGUUUCUUCUUAAUUCAAACUCUUAUCAUCUUGGAGUGAAACAAGAUGGAGAACCUAUAGGUGAUGUUGGUCUCCCUCCCUGGGCCAAGGGCUCACCCGAAGUAUUUAUAAAUAGAAACAGGGAAGCGCUUGAAAGUGAAUAUGUUAGCUCGAAUCUUCACCACUGGAUUGAUCUGGUUUUUGGUUACAAGCAGCGUGGAAAACCAGCAGUUGAGGCUGCAAACAUCUUUUAUUAUCUAACUUAUGAAGGUGCUGUUGAUCUGGAUACCAUGGAAGAUGAGUUGCAAAGAUCAGCUAUAGAAGACCAAAUUGCUAAUUUUGGUCAGACACCCAUCCAGAUUUUCCGUAAGAAACAUCCUAGAAGAGGGCCACCAAUUCCAAUCGCUCAUCCCUUGCAAUUUGCUCCUAGUUCCAUUAAUUUGACUUCCAUCAUUAGUAGUACAAGUACUCAACCAUCAGCUUUUGUGUAUGUUGGUAUGUUGGAUUCAACCAUUGUUCUUCUGAACCAGGGGCUCACCUUGUCAGUUAAGAUGUGGUUGACAACACAAUUGCAAUAUGGUGGAAGCUUUACCUUCUCUGGUGCUCAGGAUCCUUUCUUUGGAAUUGGUUCUGACAUUCUUUCUCCCCGUAAUAUUGGGAGCCCAUUAGCUGAAAGUUUUGAACUUGGAGCACAAUGCUUUGCAACAAUGCAAACUCCAUCAGAGAAUUUUUUGAUUUCAUGUGGGAACUGGGAGAACAGUUUUCAAGUGAUAUCUUUGAAUGAUGGAAGAGUAGUGCAAAGCAUACGACAACAUAAAGAUGUUGUCAGUUGUGUUGCAGUGACUGCUGAUGGAAGUAUACUUGCAACCGGAAGUUAUGAUACCACUGUAAUGGUGUGGGAAGUUCAUCGUGCCAGAGCCUCAGAAAAGAAGGUUCGAAACACACAGAUAGAACUACCCCGUAAAGACUAUGUCAUCGUGGAAACUCCCUUCCACAUUCUCUGUGGGCAUGAUGACAUAAUUACAUGCUUAUAUGUUAGUGUGGAGCUUGAUAUAGUUAUCAGUGGGUCAAAAGAUGGAACUUGUGUAUUCCAUACCCUGCGGGAGGGAAGAUAUGUGAGAUCAUUACGUCAUCCAUCUGGGAUUGCAUUGACAAAACUUGUUGCCUCUCGUCAUGGACGGAUUGUUUUUUAUGGUGAUGAUGAUCUCAGUCUGCACCUAUUUUCAAUUAAUGGGAAGCAUCUUGCUACUUCAGAGUCCAAUGGCCGCCUCAACUGUGUUGAACUCAGUGCAUGUGGUGAGUUUUUGGUUUGUGCAGGUGACCAAGGACAAAUAGUUGUCCGGUCUAUGAAUACGCUAGAGGUUGUGAAGAAGUAUAGUGGAGUUGGAAAGAUAAUAACGUCUCUGGCUGUGACUCCAGAAGAAUGCUUCUUAGCUGGGACCAAAGAUGGAUGUCUUCUGAUCUAUUCUAUAGACAACCCUCAGCAUAGAACUAAUCUUCCUCGGAAUGUCAAAUUCAAAGCUUCUGGGACAGGAUAGAUCUAUAUUUCAUAGAAGGAGCUAUGAAAUUUGCGUUGUUAACCUCAGGAAUCUCUCCCGGAGAUGCAAGAAGCGAUUUUCAGACCCCCGGACUCUCCAUCAAGAAUUAUUUCUUCAUGGACUUGAUCAUAUUGAGAGGUUUUGCCUGUUGGUGUUACCUUAACGGAUGUGACACAGGAACUUCAUUAUGCAAUACACAAACAGCUUGAAUAAUUUGAGAGGCGAAUUUUUUUUUUUCUUCUGUUUAACAUAGUUAGGCGGGCAAAAUGGUACCUUCCACAAAUUCUGAAGUUUCAUCGUCUUGAUGGUGAGGAGAGUUAGGAAUCAGAAUCAGGUAUCAACACAUACAUGUACAUUGUAUUCUUGUAAGGUUAGAGUAGAAAAUGUUGUGUAUUAAGUUAUUAACCAUAGCAGCAUUAUCAUAAUCAGAGAUAAUUGUUUAGAAAUUUUCUGUUAUUUUUAUUUCUAUCAAUUCCUUGUACAGAUAGGCGUUCAUGCCUCUUCCAAAGUAAAUGGCAUAUUUUUUUGCCCUUA